CGGCGCUGGCUGGAACGAUCUGUUUUGAUAUUUACCAGCCAAUUGAACGAUCCCUUCUAUAAAAUAGCUAAUUAAUUCACGCGUACUGAGGUACACUGCUAGCUGCUGAAUACGCCACUAUAGUGGGCUUAUUGUCAUACGCGGGGCCAGCCGUAUCUUCAACUUUCUCAUUGAAAAAAAUACACCUCUCUCAUUCAUAAACACCAGAAAGGCUUUUCUGAGUCUUCACUGCCCAAAUGGUUCGCAUCGACCAGGUCGACCUUCUGUCUGCGGAAGAGAAGCGUCUCAAGGAAGAUCGGGAAAAAACGAAGUAUUGGAAGAAAUGGGGCCCGUACGUCGCAGAAAGGCAAUGGGCAACUGUUCGUGAGGAUUACAGUGCUGAUGGCGAUGCUUGGAGCCACUUCACCCACGACGACGCCCGCUCAAGGGCUUUCAGAUGGGGAGAGGAUGGUAUUGCAGGCGUUUCAGAUACACACGGCUUCCAGAACAUCGCGUUCGCAUUUUGGAAUGAGAAAGAUGACUUUCUGAAAGAACGACUAUUCGGCCUGUCUAACCCGCAGGGAAACCAUGGCGAAAGCAUCAAGGAAGCUCAUUUUCACUUGGACAAUGUCCCUACACACUCGUACAUGAAAUUUCUAUACAAAUACCCACAGAAGGCAUUCCCCUACAAAGAUCUCAUCGAUGAGAAUGCCCGCCGGGGCAAGCAAGACAGAGAAUACCAACUACUAGAUACCGGAAUAUUUGAAGAAGACCGCUACUGGGAUAUAUUCAUCGAGACCGCGAAAGAGAGCGAUGAUCCAGACGAACUCCUCUUCCGAGUGACAGCAUGGAAUCGUGGCCCUGACCCAGCGCCGUUGCACAUUGUCCCCCACAUGUGGUUCAGAAAUACUUGGGCGUGGGGACAUGAGUCUGAGGAUAAGAAGCCGUCAAUCGAAAAGUCAGGAGAAUCAACAGUGCAUAGCAAACAUUACAAGCUCGGUGACCGGUACUUUCAAUUAUCGCCAUCCCCAGGCACUGGACCAAGUGGCCAAGACAUACAACCUGAAUUAAUAUUCACGGAGAACGACACAAAUCGGGAGCACCUCUAUAAUGUUGAGAAUCCACAGCCUUAUGUCAAAGAUGCGUUUCAUCGGUAUAUUGUUGAUGGAGAAAAGGCCGCUAUCAACCCUAAGGAGACUGGCACCAAAGCCGCUGCCUGGUUUGCGUUCGACGAGGGAGAUGGAGUGCCACCAGGAGAGUGUGCUGUUGUUCGAUUCCGCUUCUCCAAGAAGAAUGACGCAUACUUGGACGAGGAGGUAUUCGACGAUAUAAUUGAAAAGCGACGAGAGGAAACUGAUGAGUUUUUCUACCGCAUCAGCCCGCUCCCAAUGGCGGAUGAUCUUCGCAACAUCCAGAGGCAAGCGCUUUCCGGUAUGAUGUGGACCAAGCAGUUCUACCAUUUCAUCUGGGACCAGUGGGCGAACGGCGAUCCGUCAUCUCCACCACCGCCUCCGGAGCGGAAGGCUGUCCGGAACACGCAAUGGAAGCACAUGCAUCUCGAUGAUAUUCUAUCCAUGCCUGAUUCUUGGGAGUACCCCUUCUUUGCCGCGUGGGACUCAGCGUUUCACUGCAUCCCACUGGCAAUGAUCGACCCUGAUUUCGCAAAGAAACAACUGGAUCUUUUCACGAGGGAGUGGUAUAUGCAUCCGAAUGGCCAACUACCUGCCUAUGAGUGGAAUUUCGGCGAUGUAAACCCCCCAGUUCAUGCCUGGGCUACAUUCCGCACAUUUAAGAUUGAGCGUAAGAUGUACGGCAGGCAAGAUUUGGACUUCUUGGAGCGUGUCUUUCAGAAACUCUUACUUAACUUUACCUGGUGGGUGAACCGAAAGGAUCUGGAAGGAAAGAAUGUGUUUGAGGGUGGAUUCCUCGGUUUGGAUAACAUUGGGUUAUUCAACCGCUCAGAGCCGCUUCCGACAGGAGGAGUGCUUGAGCAGGCUGAUAGCACUGGUUGGAUGGCAUUUUACUGCCUCUGCAUGUUGAACAUUGCCUUGGAGCUUGCAAAGCAUCGUCGCAUCUACGAAGAUAUUGCAUCUAAGUUCUUCGAGCACUUCAUGCUCAUCAGUGAUGCGAUGACGUACAAACCCGGGCAAACAGAGGAGCAAUCACUCUGGAACGAAGAGGAUGGCUUCUAUUACGAUGCCAUUUCCUGGGGUGGGCCAUAUUCUCAACAACUCCCAGUACGAUCCUUAGUUGGAUUGAUUCCACUCUACGCAACUCUGACGCUAGAGCCCGAGCUCAUCAAUCAAUUGCCUAACUUCAAGAAGAGGGUUGAUUGGUUUAUUGAGAAUCGUCACGAUGUCGCCGAGCGCAAUAUGGCCAGCAUCAGAAAGCGAGGAAAGGACAAUAGAAUCCUGCUUUCUUUAGUGAGCAAGGAUCGUCUUGAGAAGAUCCUCAAGCGCAUGCUGGAUGAGGAUGAAUUCCUUGGAGAUCACGGAAUUAGAUCGCUCUCAAAAUUUCAUGAGAAGAAUCCCUACUCAAUGGAAGUCAACGGACAGGAAUUCAAAGUGAGCUAUAUCCCAGGCGACUCCGAUAGUGGACUGUUUGGAGGCAACAGCAACUGGCGUGGACCUAUCUGGAUCUGCGUCAACUUCUUGCUUGUCGAAUCUCUCCAGCGUUUCUACAUGUUCUACGGCCAAUCGCUCCAGGUGGAAUGCCCCACUGGCUCUGGAGAAUUCAUGCAUUUGGGCCAUGUGGCGGAAGAGAUCCAGCAUCGUCUUCAGCAUUUGUUUGCUCGCGGCGACGAUGGAAGACGUGCUAUCAAUGACGGCGACGAUAAGUUAGACUUUGACCCUUACUGGAAGGACAACCUCUGGUUUUAUGAGUUCUUCGAUGGCGACAGUGGACGUGGGCUGGGAGCCACGCACCAGUGUGGAUGGACUGGUCUCAUUGCCAGGAUGAUCCACGAUACUGGAGUCAGCUGUCGACUUCCCCAAACACCCCGGACGCCAUCUACAGGCAUGGCGCACUACUUCGAUGACGUUUUCGGAAGGCAUAUUGGACAACCGGAGUCGUUCAAGCCGAAGCCCAUGCGCCGCUCGUCGACCAGCCGAUCUAUCGGAGCUCGAAGCGAUUUUAAUACCUCCAUCAAUGGAGAUGAUCACACAGAACGCGACGCGGGCUCGGUCCGUAAUUCGGUUGAUCGGGAAGGGGAGAUGGAACGGGAUGAGGUGAAUAAGCACGUAGCCCACUAUGUCUCUGAGCAGCUGGAGAAGGUGUUGGCCAAAGAUGGGUUUGAGCCUGAGGACAUUUAAGUUACCUAGUAGCACACUUGCAUCAUACAUUUAGAUCUCAUUUGUAGGAAUUUCAAGGGG